AUGGAUUAUUACAACACGCCAGCCGUCGCACCGCCAGCCGGGGUGGUCUCCAACUUCGUCAACCCGCCAUCCCAGCGGACGACGAUCAUCGUGCUGCAGUCGAUUUUCCUGUUUCUGGCGCUAUUGGCGGUGUCCGCCCGCGUCUGGGUGCGGACAUGUAUUAUCAAAUUCUGGGGCGCCGAAGACACAACUUGCAUCCUUGCGGUAUGCGGCUCGAUCGCGCAUAUGACGCUCUACACGCAGACCCUACCUUUAGGCAUCGGACGACACAUGUGGGACGUGCGAGCCAUCAACCUCAUCGAUCCCUCCUCGACCCGUGUCCUCGACGCAGGCGGCAUCACCUUCCCAUGGACGGUCUGCUUCGCCAAGAUCUCGAUUCUACUGCUGUAUAAGCGCUUGUUCCCGCUCCACCGCGAGAUCGUCGCCGUCUGGAUCGGCAUUGUCGCCGACGCGGUGCUCUACACGUUUUGUAUCGCCAUCGCCAUCGGCAGCCUGGUGCAGUGCGCGGAGCUGUCGCAGCUGGAGGCCCCUUACUGCAAGUUCACCUCCGGGACGAUGAUCACGAUCCAGUCGGUGAUCAACGUGGUGACGGACUUCUACGUGCUGCUGCUGCCCAUCCCGCGGCUGCUGAAGCUGCAGGUCAGUCGGCGGCGGCGGAUCGGGCUGCUGGUGACGUUCAUGAGUGGGCUUGGAGCCUGCGCGGCUAGCCUGGCGCGGCUGGUGAAUUUCCAGCUGAAUGAUAACUCGGAUGUGUUUUGGGUAACGGGGCGGAAUGCUGAGUUUACAAUCGUCGAGAUGAACAUCGCCAUCAUCGUCGCCUGCGCCACCUCCUUCCCCAUGUGCUUCGCGCGCCUCCGCUCCCUCACCUCCUCCUUCUACAACUCGGCCGUCUCCCUGCUCCAGAGCGGCAGCCGGGAGACGCCCAAGGUCAGCGAGACGGGGGACGCCGGGGUGCGGAGCCACCUCUCGAGUGUAAAUAUGUCUACCCUCAGCCCCGUUCUGAUCACCGGCGGCAACGGCUUCAUCGCCUACCACAUCAUCGCCAAGAUCCUCGAGAGUGAACCCGAGUGCACCAUCCACUCCAUCGAUGUGAACACGCAGCGCAACCGCCACGCCGGCGCCAACGUGCACUACCACCACGGCGACAUGGCGAGCGCGGCCGACGUGCACCGGAUCAUGCAGCUGGCCCGCCCCGCGACCAUCUUCCACACCGCCUCGCCCGAGUUCUCCGACGAGCCCGAGUCCGCCUACCGGGGCAUCAUCGUGGACGGCACGCACCACCUCCUCGCCGCCGCAUGGGAGGUGGGCACCGUGCGCGCCAUCGUCAACACCUCGACGUCGGGCGUCAUCAACGACAACCACACCGACCUGGUCGACGCGACCGAAGACCUGCCCGUCCUACGCCCGCCCGUCCAGCAGCGCCUGUACUGCAUCGCCAAAGCAGACGCCGAGGACGCGAUCCAAGCCGCCAACCGCACCUCCGCUCCCACCUCCGCGACCGGGGCCGAUGACCACGGCAUCCUGACCUGUGCGAUCCGCCCGGCCCUCGCCUUCGGCGAACGCGACCACGGCACCCUCGGCAAGAUGUACGCGGUCGCGCGGCAGGGCAAACUGCGGUUCCAGAUGGGCGACGGCCGCAACCUGUACGACUUCGUGUACGUGGGCAACCUCGCCGAGGCGCAUCUCCUGGCUGCCCGGGGGUUGCUGGCCGCGUGGGGGAAGCCCGCCCCGGCUGAAGGAAAAGUGGACGGGGAGUGUUUCCACAUCACCAAUGAGGAUCCCUGGCUAUUCUGGGAUUUCCAGCGCGAGGUGUCAAGGUUGGUUGGGAGACCGGUAAAGAAGGAGGAUGUGGUCGUUAUUCCCAAGUGGGUGGGGUUGACGAUUGGGUUUGUGAAUGAGUGGGUUGCCUGGGUGGUUUCUGCUGGUACCAAAAAGGCGAAUAUGACGCGGGAGGGGAUACGGUUCAGUACGUUGGUCAGGACGUUGAAUGGAGGGAAGGCGAGGAGGGUGUUGGGGUAUUCUCCGAGGGUGGGGGUGAGGGAAGGGUUGGAGAGGAGUGUGAGGUGGUUUAUGGAGAAUGAGGGGGGGGCGGCCGGGGGCGAGAAGGAGGAUUAAGGCCCCGGGGGUUUGGGGUGUGGUGGUUUGUUGAUCCAAUCC